AAAGGAUUAAAAAUGUAAAAAAGUUUUGGUAUGAAAUUUACUGUGUGGAGUUUGACGAGUUGCCUCGCAUAAUGUUUCUAAUUUAUUUCCAAAAAAUACCUUUAAGCUCGUCAUCUUUAAUUAUCUAGUAAACAACGUGAUUAGUAAUUAAUUUUGAUUGCCAUUAGUUAUAAUACAACAGUUGAUAAUAAGAAGAAUAUGUAUAAAAAAAUGUUUAUAAAUAUUAAGAGGUCGUUUAACUUUAAACAAAAGUUUGAACCGAAUCAGUAGCUUUAUUGUAAAUGUAAUGUAUUACAUUUAUCUUACAUUUACAAAAUAAAUAAUUAAAAUUUAAACGAAAUAUAUUGCAUUAUAAAACUUUAACAAAUGGUUUGUAUGAAGAUAAAUAUGAUUGUUAGAAUUAUUUGAAUGUUAUAGGAACACUAUUUUUUGAAAAUAAAUUAAGAAUCUUUCUAGAGCCCAUGAACAUGGCCGAGAAUGUAAAUGUAAGUUUAAGAAGGGAAGAUUUUGAUGCUGGUCCAUCGAGUUUUAAUGAAAUCGAGCCAAAUUUAUAUUUGGGAAAUUUGACAGCCGCUACAGAUAUAGAUUGGUUAAAACGUACAAAAGUUACUCAUAUAGUUACUGUCGACUCUUGUCCGUUACCUAGAACAAUACAAGAUGCUCUACCAAAUAUAAAAUUAAAAUACAUUCAAAUUACAGAUAUGCCAAGAGAAGAUCUAUUAACUUCCUUCGAAGAUUCUAACCAAUUUAUUAAAUAUGCAUUAGAGUUUGGUGGCACUGUGCUGGUGCACUGCUAUCUUGGUGUUUCAAGAUCGGCAACCAUCGUUAUAGCUUUCAUUAUGAAAAAGUAUAAUCUAUCUUUUACAAAUGCUUUCGAGGUUGUGAAACAGAAACGGCGCUUCGUAGGUCCAAAUGCUGGAUUCGUAGCUCAACUUAAGUUAUACGAAGAUAUGGAUUUUACGGUGGACUGUAAUAAUAUUCAAUUUAAAAUGUAUAGAUUACAAAUUGCAGCGGAUAAAGUGAGAAAGGCUAAAAUUUUACCUCAAAACUAUAUCGAUCUCAUUAAAGCGGAUCCAGCGCUUCUUACUACUCAUCCAGAGCCGACUGUGUAUCGAUGUAAAAAGUGUCGUAGGAUCGUUGCCAAUGCAAGUAAUAUUUUACCUCAUAAACCAAAAGAGCAACAAAUUUGGCGACACGUUAGUUCUAAGCGUCAUGAUAAAAGUCCAAAACAGGAUAAAAUUAUUGAUAAAACUGUGGAGACCGAGGAUAAAGAAAAGGAGCAAAUGAGUUCUGAACCCUGCAAUAAGACCUACUUUAUUGAACCUUUAGCAUGGAUGCCUGAAAUUUUGCACAAAGUAGAUGGUAAGCUCCAUUGUCCUAAGUGUGCUUCGAAACUUGGGUCCUUUAGUUGGAUAUCCGGAUGCCAAUGUCCAUGCGGCAGUAAAAUUGCACCAGCAUUUUAUCUUAUACCAUCUAAAGUUGAUUGGAGCAAUGCCGUUCAAAAUGUCCAAUCGACAAUAUAGGUUCGCUAUGUAAAUUUUUCACAACAUAGCUGACAUCUUCAUAGAUUAGCAUUCAGAAUAAUAUCUCAUUAGGAAAUUAUAAAUAUAAAAAAUAUUGGACGGA